GUGACAAGGUGGUUUUCAUUUGAUUCUAAUUUUCACCAUUUUAAUCCCUCAUGAAUUCAGGAGACCCAGCUUUCCUCUCUUUGCUGCUGUCAAUUGGCCGGGAACUUACAGAUGAAGAUUUCGAGAACCUGAAGUUUUUGUGCGAGGGGACGGUUCCAGCAAGCCAUCUCGAGACAGUCACACGUCCGCGAGAACUUUUCCUUGAGCUGAUUCAUUGCUGCGACCUGAGCGAUGAGAACAAGGAUCCACUCUCUUCUUUACUGUUCCACAUUGGACGGCACGAUCUCAGAAAUCGUCUUCUUGGAGUAGAAAGGGCUGCUGUUACAGAAGCUUUUAAGUACUUGGGUGGAAUUCCUUGCAAAGUUCCAAAUUUUGUGGGACGCAAAGGACAAUGUGCUACUGUAAUGGAGAAACUCAAUGCAAGUGAUUCCUGUCGAAUAGUUUCCAUCACUGGACCACCAGGUUUCGGCAAAUCUGCUGUGGCCAUCCAAGUGGGACAUGAACUGAUAGCCCAAGGAAAAACAAAUGUAUACUACAUCUCGCUCAGGAAUUUGACGUCUAUGAAUGGCAUGAUGAACUCCCUUCUUGGCGCACUUCAGAUAGUGGCAGGCGGAGGACGGUUGAUCCAGCAAGCUAAACACUGCCUACGCACAUUGACCAAACACUCUGUCAUUAUUCUGGACAAUGCAGAGGACAUGUUGCUCCCCCAGGUAAAAGAGGAAUUUUGCCACUUCAUUGAAACUGUCGCAGAAACUGCCCCUCAUGUGAAAGUCCUGAUCACAUCACGCCAAUCCAUCACAUUUUUUACUGUGGAAAUGUUUGAGCUUCGGUUAGAUUCUCUUUGUCCCGACCAUGCAAAGGAAUUACUGCUGAAACUGGAGUCCAGAGUGUCCGAGGAACAUGCAGAACAGUUGGCGUCUCACUGCGGUGGGGUGCCAUUGGUUCUUCGCACAACUGCAGCUCUCCUGGCAAAAGGAGUUGAUGCUGGUGCUCUUAUAAAUGAGUUUCAAAUGAGCCCAGUAUCAACCCUUAAAUCUUUCAGUCUUAAUUCAUUGUCCCACAAUCAUCAGCUCUUUAACUGUCUUGGAAUCUGCUUCAGCCGCCUUGAACCUGACCAGCAAGUUGCUCUGAUAUCCUUAGCAUUGUUCCCUAUGUCAUUCACUGUGUCUGACGCCCAGUUUCUACUGAGAGACUUAUCUGCAUAUAAACUGGGAAUGUUGCUUCAAAACCUUGUGGACAACUCCAUGCUUCAGUUUGAUUAUUUGUUAAAACAGUAUUAUGUCCAUAAUAUUAUCCAGUCUUUUUGUAUUGAUCGUGCACACCAGGAAUCAGAUUUGUAUUCACCCUACCAAUCAGCCCAAAAAUUGUUCAACAUUCACUAUUUGGGCAUGUUAAAGGAGCUGUAUGCACUCUUUCUUUCUAAGAAUUGUUGUCAAGCAGUCCAGAAGUUCCUGAUCAAUCGGCGCAACAUAAGGCAGGCCUUGCAAGACUCGUUGGCUGACCCUGACUUAGAUGAACUGUGCAUCGACACAGCAGUUGAAGUUGCUCCUUUCUUAGCUAAGGUGUUCAGAAAAGAGAAGUUUCUCUCAGUGUAUGGCCAGUUCACUGAUGCCUGCAAAAGAGCAGGGAACAAGAAGCGUUACAGUGACUGCUUGACCUCAGAGGCAUACUGUAUCCUUUCACACUGUGCAUGUCAUCUUCCAUGUCCACCCGCAGUUGCCAGGUUCAAAGAGGCUGACGCCAUACAAAGAGAGCUUGGUGAUGACUCAUCUGUCGUACGUGCAUUUUGUUUGAGUAAACUUGGCCGUUGUUUCGGACAGUCCAAAGAUUUGGAAAAAGCAAUCCCACUCAUUAGAAAAGCCAUUGACAUCCGAGAGAAAGUACACAAGGAUAGGAUUUUCACUGCAGUUGCUUAUAAAGAUCUUGGAGCUGCCUAUGCUUUCAAUGAAGCCCACCAAGAGGCCAAUAAGUACAGGGCAGAGUACUCACUUCCUGUGUAUCUAGAGUUGCUAGGAGACCAUCCUUUUACAGCCACUCUGAUGGAUGAUAUGGGCAUGUCUUAUCAGGCUCUUGGAGACUAUGAGAGUGCAAUAAAAUUCCUACGUGAUGCAUUACGCAUGCGCAAGAAUUCUCUGGGUGAUCACCAAGAAACAGCACGUUCUUUCCAUGGCCUUGGCAAGGCUUUAGCCAUCCAAGGACAAUUGAAUGAUGCCCUGGAGGCCCUGAAGAGUGCAUUAACCAUACAAGACAAGGUUUUAGGAAAUCAUCAGGAGACCGUACGUACCCACCGAGCGAUUGCGCAUGUCCUGGAAAGGCUUGGACGAGGUGAUGAGGCCAAAAAUGAGGAACUGCUAGCUAAUGAAAGAUCCUCAUUUAUUGAUGAGCCACAGCCUGAGAAAUGAACUGUUUAUAGUUGAUGCAUUCUAAGGUGACUACAUGACUGAAUAUGUCACAUUUUUCUUGAUGACAAGAACUUAACAUUUUUUUUUAUAACAAUUAUUAAUCUACAAUGAUCUUUCAUUCA